AUGCCUUCCAGGAUCACACAGAAGUCCUCACUAGGCAGAUCUGGCUUGAGCUCGUUGAUUUUGUUGAUGAAGUCGAUGAACUUGUCGAAAAUGUCCUCCAGGUUGAGAGAUUUGAAACUCUCUGUGAAGUCUGUGUCGGACUCACGCUGUUUGAAGUCGAUCAGACGGCCGAUCAGAGUCAUCAGAAUCGUCUUGAGACUUACCUGGUCGUUCAAAUUCAACGUUGCAUUGAAAAAGUCUUCCAGAGUGGCCAGAUGGAACUCGUCAGGGAACACCUGGAUGAUAACGUCCAGUAGAUAUUCCUGUGCUAUCACGUCCCGACACUGGAUGAUCUGUUCGAGCAAGGUCGGUAAUAUGUGUUCCUUGUAG